CGCGCCGUUUACCUGGUGGUUCUGCGGGAGCCGCUGGCGAACGUGUGGUCCGUGGUUCCCGCAGGCGCCGCGGACUUUGGAAAACCGACAUGGCCAAACUACUACAACCUCCACCCAAGUUCUUGCCCUCCGAGUGGCACCUCGCUAACAAGAACCAGUACCACAGAGCGGAGGCCCAGAGGUCCCGGUCCGAACGAUUGGUGGCAGAGAGCCAGAGGCUUGUGGACGAGAUUGAAAAGACCACAAGGAAGUCUCAAAGUGAUGCAGAAAAGAAACUAGAACAGAGACUCGAGGAAGUCAGGUUCUGGAAGAAGGAGCAGGACGACAAGCUCGAGCAGCUGGUGUACGUCACGGAGGACCUGCUCACGUACCAGACCAGACUGGUGAAGGCGCUGGAGAGCAUGAAGGAGCCCCUGCAUAUCACCCAGAUGUGCCUGGAAUACAGGGAGAAGCGGGUGGGCAUUGACCUGGUGCGCGAUGAGGUGGAACAGGAGCUUGUGAAGGAGGCCGAGGUCAUCCGCGGGGUGAUGGCUCUUCUGACCCGCACCCUGGAGGAGGUGUCCGAGCAGAUCAGGCUGAACCGCUCGGCCAGGUACAACCUGGAGAAGGACUUGAAGGACAAGUUUGUGGCCCUGACCAUUGACGACAUCUGCCUCUCCCUCAACAACAACUCCCCGAAUAUCCACUACUCGGAGAAGGCUGUGAGGGUGGAGCCAAA